UAGCUGGUAUUUGGAAACAGUAGGGUGUCCUAAUUGCAAAAUAACUAUUGCACUCUGAAAGCCCUCUUCAUAAAAUGAAUCUCUACAGGAGAGGCAUGAUUUAUUACACUACUUUUUGCAAUGCUGGUCCGCUAGUAAUUAAAAAAAUCACGUAUACUGAUGCUGGCUCCCUGGGUGCUGCUUGCAGGGACAAGCACCCACUGCAGCACCUUUGGCAGAGCAUGUCUGUCUGUGCACUGUGCUGCAGGCUGUGGAAGGGGCCCCACGCAUGUUAAGCCAGCAGCACAGCACAGAGACAGCUCAGAAUGCAGGGCCCAGCAGCUAAGCAAAGGCAGAGAUAAAAGCUUUAUGGAUUUCUGUUACCGUUGCUUGGCUCUUGCAAUUGGGAAAACAACAUUCCUUUUUGGGAACUACAAGUCCCAAAGUGCACUGUGGGAAGACUCUGGCUUGUACCAGCCAGUGCCCAGCACAAAUUCCCAAAUAUGGAUAAGGAAUCAAUUUUGAAAAAGCCUCGCACUGACCGAAUGAUCCUCACUGGGAUUCUGAAAAGGAGCGAGACGGCAUGAAAAAGAGGUUAAUAAUGCUCGUAAGCCAGAGGUGAAAGCAGCUCAGCAGAGUAACACUGGGAAAUCUGGCAGACUUGAAGAGAACAGCUGCCCUGCAGGGCAGCUGCCGAGCGUGAAGCAUGGAGGAGAGUAAGAAUGAGAAGGUGAACCAGGCUCACGUUCUCUUCGACAGAUUUGUCCAGGCUUCAACGUGUAAGGGGACUCUCAAGGCUUUCCAGGAGCUCUGUGACUACCUAGAACUAAAGCCCAAGGACUACCGUUCUUUCUAUCACAAACUCAAGUCUAAGCUAAAUUACUGGAAAGCCAAAGCGUUGUGGGCCAAAUUGGAUAAAAGGGGCAGCCAUAAGGACUACAAGAAGGGGAAAGCAUGCGCCAACACGAAGUGUCUGAUUAUUGGGGCUGGACCCUGUGGCCUUCGUACAGCCAUCGACCUGUCAUUCCUGGGAGCCAAGGUGGUGGUCAUAGAAAAGAGGGAUGCCUUUUCCCGGAAUAACGUUCUGCAUUUGUGGCCAUUCACCAUACAUGACCUGAGGGGUCUUGGCGCCAAGAAGUUUUAUGGCAAAUUCUGCGCAGGAUCCAUAGACCAUAUCAGUAUCCGUCAACUCCAACUUAUCCUUUUGAAGGUUGCCUUGAUCUUGGGAAUAGAGAUCCAUGUCAAUGUGGAAUUUCAAGGGCUUGUUUACCCUCCAGAGGAUCAGGAAAAUGAAAGAAUAGGUUGGCGUGCAUUGGUCCAUCCAAAAACCCAUCCAGUAUCAGAGUAUGAAUUUGAAGUAAUCAUUGGAGGGGAUGGCAGAAGGAACACUUUAGAAGGGUUUCGCCGAAAAGAGUUCCGUGGUAAACUAGCGAUUGCUAUCACAGCGAACUUCAUCAAUCGUAACACCACAGCUGAAGCCAAAGUAGAAGAGAUCAGUGGUGUGGCUUUCAUAUUCAACCAGAAGUUCUUCCAGGAUCUACGAGAAGCCACUGGUAUUGACUUAGAGAACAUCGUCUACUAUAAAGAUGAUACACACUACUUUGUCAUGACUGCCAAAAAACAGAGCUUGCUGGAUAAAGGUGUAAUACGGCAUGAUUAUGCUGAUACGGAAUUAUUACUCUCACGGGAGAACGUGGACCAGGAAGCUUUGCUAAACUAUGCCAGAGAAGCAGCUGACUUUUCUACUAAUCAGCAGCUGCCAUCACUGGACUUCGCCAUCAAUCACUAUGGGCAGCCAGAUGUGGCAAUGUUUGACUUCACCUGUAUGUAUGCAUCUGAGAAUGCAGCACUGGUGCGAGAGCAGAAUGGCCACCAGUUACUUGUGGCAUUGGUUGGGGACAGUCUCUUGGAGCCAUUUUGGCCAAUGGGAACUGGAAUAGCGAGAGGAUUUUUAGCUGCAAUGGACUCUGCUUGGAUGGUACGAAGUUGGUCACUCGGAGCAAGUCCUUUGGAAGUUCUUGCAGAGAGGGAAAGCAUUUAUAGACUACUGCCUCAGACCACUCCUGAGAAUGUGAGUAAAAACUUCAGCCAUUAUAGCAUUGAUCCAGCCACCCGGUAUCCCAAUAUCAACGUCAACUUCUUGCGGCCACAGCAGGUACGCCACUUGUAUAAUACAGGAGAUUUGAAAGACAUACACCUGGAAAUAGAGAAUUUUGUGAACUCCAGGACACCAAAGCUGACUCGGAAUGAGUCCGUAGCUCGCUCUAGUAAAUUGCUCAGCUGGUGCCAGAGGCAGACAGAUGGGUAUGCUGGUGUAAAUGUGACCGAUCUCACGAUGUCAUGGAAAAGUGGCUUAGCUUUGUGUGCCAUUAUCCACAGAUACCGUCCAGACUUAAUAGACUUUGAUUCUUUGGAUGAACACAAUGUGGAGAAGAAUAACCAGUUGGCCUUUGACAUUGCGGAAAAGGAGUUUGGAAUAUCUCCCAUUAUGACUGGAAAGGAAAUGGCAUCUGUCGGGGAACCAGAUAAAUUGUCAAUGGUGAUGUACCUCACACAGUUCUAUGAGAUGUUCAAAGACACCAUCUCUUCAAGUGAUAGAGUGGAUCUGAAUGCAGAAGAAAAGGCUGCCCUAAUUGCCAGCACCAAAUCUCCAAUCUCUUUUCUCAGUAAACUGGGACAAAGUAUAUCUCGGAAACGCACUCCAAAGGACAAAAAGGAAAAGGAAUUGGACGGUGCAGGAAAGAGAAGGAAAACCAGCCAAUCUGAGGAUGAGGACAUUCCUCGAAGCUACAGAGAAGAAAGACCUACAUUGGUGAGUGCCCUGACAGAGAGGAGGAUUGAUGCUGCCAUUGGGAAUCAAAACAAAGUCAAGUCCAUGGCAACCCAGCUACUGGCCAAGUUUGAGGAGAAUGCACCGGUACAAUCCUCAACAUUACGAAGACAGCAAACUGUCCUGCCUUAUCAAGAACGUGUUCACAAUCAACCAUCCAGCAGACGAGAGCAGGGCCGUCUAGCUCCUAUACCCCAGUGGAAACAGAUGAGGAGUAAGGAACGUUCUCGGACCUGCCCCAAAAAAGUGAUCAUGCUCUCUUCUUCCACUCCACCUUCCUCUCCACCGUAUCCCAGGCUGCAGAGAUACAGGGAACCUGGUUCUGGAUAUCCUGGGGAGCAGAGUCCCAGACAGGAAAGGAGAUCUCCUCGUUUGUUUUCUGAUGACCAAGUGCCUGAGAAUGUUGAACAAAGGGCAUGUCAGCUGGCUGCCCUCCUGGAGCCCAGGCCUGCAGCGAGGCAUCAGCCUGAGACUGAACCGUCUCGCCGAUUCUUUGUUGACCAGUGGGAGCUCUCCCUUAGCCUCCGUUCUUCUAAUCGCCCUUCUUCACCUUCAUCUGACUCUCUUCGACAGAAGUAUAUAAAGAUGUACACAGGCGGAGUGAGCUCAUUGGCUGAGCAGAUAGCCAAUCAGCUUCAAAGGAAAGAGCAGCCCAAAACCCUUCUAGACAAGAAGGAACUGGGCUCGCUCAAAAAGGAGUUCCCCCAGAACCUGGGAGGCAGCGAUGUCUGUUACUUCUGCCGCAAGCGAGUCUAUGUGAUGGAAAGGCUGAGUGCUGAAGGCAAGUUCUUCCACCGCAGUUGCUUCAAGUGUGAAUACUGCGCCACCACUCUGCGGUUGUCAUCUUACGCCUAUGAUAUUGAAGAUGGUAAAUUCUACUGUAAGCCCCACUACUGUUACCGACUCUCCGGUUAUGCUCAAAGGAAGAGGCCAGCAGUGUCAGGAAAGGACACCAAAGGACCUCUGCAGGACACCAUGGCAAGUGAUGGAACUGGACGGGCAAAUUCCAUCUCCUCCUCAGCAGAGAGGGCCCCAGGUCCUAAUGUCAAUGGGCUGGAAGAGCCCAGCCUUGCUAAGCGGUUACGUGGCACACCUGAGCGAAUUGAGCUGGAGAAUUACCGACUGUCAUUGCAGCGGGAAGAGGAACUGGAAGAAGUUCCUGAAGAGACACUAGCAGAGCAUAACCUGAGCAGUGUGUUGGACAAAGGAGCAGAGGAGGAUGUGCCCAGCAGUAGUUCAGAGUCUGAGAUGGAGGAGGAAGAUGAAGAUGAAGAUGAUGAACUGCUGCUGCCUCAGCAACCCCCUUCAGACUUGGGAGGUGUCCCAUGGAAAGAGGCUGUGCGCAUCCAUGCCUUAUUGAAGGGGAAGAGUGAAGAAGAGAUUGAGGCUGAGGAAAAUCAUGAGUAUGAUGACAAAGAAGAAGAUGAGGAAGAGGAGGACGAUGAGGAGUAUGAAGAGGAGUCUAGCGAAGAGGGGGAGUAUUGCCCUUGGGAGAAAGAGCUGCAGCAAGGCCUCUGGCUUCAACGUCUCUCAGAUGAAGAGGACACGGGUACAUUUAAAGUCCCUCAAUGUGGUUCAUUAGAGCCAGAAUUCAAAAGAGGAGAACCCAAGUGCCUUACUGCAGCUGGAAACCUUAGGCUGCAGCAGAUUGUAAAUCCGGUUGAUCCUCUGGAGAUUCUGGCAGAUGUGCACUGGACACACAUCCGUGAAAAAGAGGAGGAGGAAAAAAUGGUCCCAGCCUCCAAGUCCUCCACCUCCAGAGCAUCCGACCUUCCCUCCGUACGCCAUGAGGCGGUACAGGCGUGGCUGGAGACGGUCCCUGGAGCUUCCUGUGAAGAUAAUGGUGUGGAGGAUGAGCUGGGCACAGAGCCUGCAGACACUGAAGGGCAGGCGGGUGAAGAGGGAGACACUGGUGCAGAGCUGGAUGAUGAUGACAUCCCAUCUGAUGCAGAAGCCGAGUUUCGUUUACAUCGAACUGAGGUAGAAGAGCCAGGACUAAAAGUUUCUGAAGAUGAAGAAGGAGCAGAAGAUGCUUCUUGCAGUGUGAAAGAAGAUCCAUGCAAGCCGUCCGCUCCUAAUCAGUCAGCUAACGACAUUGUUCUUCCUCUGUCUCCAGCUGAUAGUCUCAAAGCAGAACAAGUAGAGGAUGUAAAGGAUCCCCUGGCUGCAAUAAAAUCUCCAGAGGCACGCUUUUUCCCUGAGCUUUUCCUUCUUGAGGAAGGACCAAAGGAUGACAUUCCCAAAGACAGAAAAGCUAAAAGCCCUUCUGUGCCACGCUCUCCAGUGUUAUCUCAGCCAGUUGCAUCACCAGAAACUACUGCACCUACGUCUCCACCAGAAUCUCAGCCAGCAGCACCAAAAUUGGCUUCAUCUCCAACAUCUUCUCAAAAGCCUAUCUGUUCACAGCCUUUGCCUUCUGCUGAAACAUCCAUUCCAUCCCCAGUGGAGCCUCCAGUAUGUUUCCAGCCUGGCCCAGCCUUAACGUCUACUCCUCUAGCUAAACUGGUCCUUAGGAACCAGGAUAGCGAGGUGGAGAAACUGGGGAGCCCUACCACUGCAGAAGAAGCUCUGAAACGUAGUAACCUUGUAGAAGAGUUCUGGAUGAAGAGUGCUGAAAUCCGGAGGAGUUUAGGACUCACCCCAGUAGACAGAAACAAACGCUCAGAAUCAAACUUUCCUGCCCUUGAGACAGCUCCUCUGAAGACUUUUAAUAGUGAGAGUGUCACAGGGGACGAAAGGAUGCGUCUUGUGAAGCCACAGCCUGCCCCAAGAAGGCAGGGACUGUCCAAGUUAGAAAAUGAGCAAAUUUCUCUGCUCACUCCAAAAUCUCCAUCAGAAAAAGAACUGAGGAGUUCCCAUGAAGUUAAGAGAGAUGUAUCCAGCAGUUCGGGACUUGGCCUUCAGGAGAGCUCAUCUAACAUGAGGACUUUGGCAAGCCAGAGCUUCAACACUUCCGACUCUACUAUGCUUACUCCUCCAUCAAGUCCCCCACCACCACCUCCUCAAGAUGAAGAACCAGCUACUUUGCGUAGAAGGAGGUAUCAAGCACUUUGGCAGAAUGAGAUUGAAUCCAAGUCACCUCCAACACCAGCAUCAACACCUCCCGUUCCCCCACGCCACGAGCCAACCUCUGCUGUCAAAGAACCAAUGCAGGCCAAAAAAGAUGAUGUGCGAAAGUCUUUUGCAGAGAGUGUGGAUGAGAUUCCAUUUGCUGAUGAUGUAGAGGACACGUAUGAUGACAGGACAGAGGACUCAAGCCUUCAUGAGAAAUUCUUUACACCUCCUACCAGUAGGCCACGGCCAGAGAAACCACUUGUUUUGCCCUUGGUCAAGGAAAAUGGUGGUCCACCCUCUAUGGAGGGAGGGGUUAACCAAAAGAAGAGAGUGCUGCCUGAAAUUUCUGCAGAGGCCAAGGAGCUUGCUGAAGAAAGAAUGAGAGCCAGAGAGAAGUCCGUCAAGAGCCAAGCACUACGUGAUGCCAUGGCUAAACAGUUAUGCAAGAUGAAAGAUAUGGAGAUGGCUGCAGCUGCUGGAGCUGCAAGGGCACGAAAGGCAUCUUCUAUGCCUUUGAAGACCAAAGAGUUGUUUUAUGACUCUCCAAAGCACUCGGCAUUGAAAAUAGCAGAGGGGUCCACACUAAAGCAUGAUGCUGCUAGUGAGAAGUUCUCCACUCCUGCUGCUGAUGUGGCUGGACCUGAAGGAUCUGUUACCUCUUCAGAGGGCUCCAGUGGGAAGAGUAAGAAAAGAUCUUCUCUUUUCUCCCCUCGUAAGAACAAAAAGGAGAAGAAAUCAAAAAAUGACAGCAGGCUUUCAGACAAAUCUAGUGGUGGGACAGAGGAAGCAACGAAGACAAGGUCAUUAUGGAAGUCUGUUUUUUCUGGGUAUAAGAAAGACAAGAAGAAGAAAGCUGAUGACAAAUCCUGCCCAAGUACUCCCUCAAGUAGUGCUACUGUGGACUCUGGCAAGCACAAACCAUCUCCGCUGAUAACAGCUGCAGAUUUGCAGCUCCGUCGACACCUGAGUUUCUCAGAGGACUCUGACCUCUCCAGCGAUGAUGUUCUGGAACGCUCCUCCCAAAAAUCCAAGCGAGAGUCGAUUUAUGUACCACACGCCUUGGCAUUCAAGAGAUCAUAUUCGUCAAAGAGAGCCUACACAGAAGAGGAACUGAAUGCUAAGCUGACCCGACGAGUACAGAAAGCUGCCCGCAGACAAGCCAAGCAAGAAGAGCUCAAGAGGUUACAUAGAGCUCAGAUCAUCCAGCGACAGCUUGAACAAGUGGAAGAGAAGCAGAGACAACUAGAGGAGAGAGGGGUUGCUGUGGAGAAGGCCCUUCGGGGAGAAGCAGUUGAGCCCAAUGGCGGGACACCACGUCGUAGACCUCUCUCCUUCUGCCCUUGCUGUGCCCACGAAGGCAUGGGAAAGAAGGAUGAUCCCAAGCUGAUGCAAGAGUGGUUCAAGCUGGUGCAGGAGAAGAAUGCCUUGGUUCGCUAUGAGUCCGAACUGAUGAUCUUCGCUCGGGAGCUAGAACUGGAAGACAGGCAGAGUCGAUUACAACAGGAACUCCGGGAGAGGAUGGCAGUGGAAGAUCAUCUAAAGACAGACGAGGAGCUCUCAGAGGAGAAGAGGAUCCUGAAUGAGAUGCUAGAAGUAGUAGAGCAGAGAGAUUCUCUCGUGGCUCUCCUUGAGGAGCAACGGCUUCGAGAAAAGGAGGAAGACAAGGACCUGGAGGCAGUGAUGCUCUCCAAAGGAUUUAGCUUGAACUGGUCCUGAGCUCGACACGUUUACCUCUGCUGGUUUGUUUUUUCUCCAGUUGGCCUACCCUGAGUUCGCCAGAAUUACAUGGAUAGGAAAACGUUGAAGGGGAAAUCUCCAAAGGGUCUGACAGCAUGCAGUGAUUCAGUUUGAAGCACUCAGAUGCCUUUUGAUAAGUGUGUUGGUUCCAGAAGCUUAAGUUUUACAUGUCUGCAAGCCAUGUUGAAGAUAAUGAGUCGAGUCUGUGGAGUCUCCUUGAGGUUCAGUACAAUUGACUGUAUUUUUUUUUUUUGUUUGGUAGCUGGGAGAGGAAUAAUCCAUGUGUGGGGAAGGAGGUUAAGGGAAGAAGUACCCUUAACUAAUCUGGAUUUAUAGCAGUCCAUUCCUUUCCCAUUUUUACUACAGCAGUUCUUAUAAAAGGGAGGGGAAGUAACAACCCUCUCUGGAAAACCACAGCAGCCUGUAGCAACCUGCUUGGUGGAGUCAGCUAUCCAGGAGAGCUCCAGAAGCCCAGAGCAGCACCUUCUUUGCUUUAGUCUUCCUCCCCACCAAAGAAACUGCAGUUGGUCGUUAUGCAUGGAUAUGAAGAAAUACAAGACAGAGAAGAUACUACUAGUUAUGUGUGAUGGAACUCUCUGCCUCACGGCUUUUAAAGAGAUUUGGGCAUCAGAAGACUCACUCCCUAUUACAGUCUCCUAAGUCUUUACUGGAGGGGAAGAAGGGGAGAAGAAGAGAGACGGAAGAUGCCCUUCUGCUUUGCUACACACUGGAGAGACAGCUGCUGCUGGCCUUCAUCUUCUUGGCCACAGCUCAGAGGCUGAUGGGCUUCUUCGUUCUGUUUUUAUUGCGACUGUUUUGACACUGGAAAAACUGACUGUGGGACAGUGUUGAGUGUGCACUGGGACAGGGGUGUUACCAAGCAGCAUUCCCUGGCUGUUCAGCUCCUAAAAGGGAGAAGCCCUUAAGUGACUCAAACCACCAUUAAGACUUUUCAGUGUUUUUAUUUUUUCCUCUCUAUUUUGUUUUUGCACAUUGGAAACGAAGCUUAAGACCUGCCUGGGCCCUCAGUCACUUUGACCCUUUUAUGUUGAUUAACUUAUUUUUUUAAUACUUGAAAGAAUAUUCAUUUUUGUAUCUUUUAGGGAAAAAAAAAAAAAUAAUGGAUGAGUGAUAGGUGUGUGUGCCUGCUGCAUCCUACAACUUCCACUUCUAAAUUACUGGACGUUGUUACCUGUGGCUAUUUAUUAGUGUUCUUAUAAUAAUUUUAAUGUUACACAUAUUCGAGGAGGGAUGGGGGAGUGUUUUAACUCUAUUAGAGGAAGACACUACUGCGGAUUGGUCCCUCUUUCAGAGCAAGGGCAGUCUUUACGGACCCCAUGGAUGCAUCCUGCCCUAGCAAGAUUUCCUUUAUGAUAAAAUCCUGCACACUUGUGGAGCUGUAAGAAUCUAUUUUGCGUUCCUAGCAUACUUUUAUUCUGCAUCCCAGAACCCCUCUGUUGGACUAAUAAACCUAUAAUUUAUUUAAAUUUAAUUUUUUAUAUAACGAGAAAGCCAAAAAUGUAAGGCAGAAAUAUCCCACGUGUCCCUUUCUCACUGAAGGAGGGGACCUUCAUACUCCUGAGAUACAGCGAGAGGGACUUUCAUGGAAACAAAAAUAACACAUUUCCUGCUGCAUCUGUUGGAAGAAGCUCCUUUUGGCUCAGCUGGUGAAGCUGCUGCUUUUAAGCCAGGAGGGUACUCAUUAUAAUUGUACGUUAAGUAAUGCACAGGUCGUGCACUUAGCAAUUCAGCACCAUCCACUGUUUGACAGAUUCAGGAGCACGCUACAUCCUGAACUUAUUGCACAGAGCUGAAAUAGCGCUGUGUGUUGGGUCUGUGUCCCAUCCUUAACGUGAUGUGUUAAGAAGUUGUUUCUAAUUCAUUUUUGUUUUUCCCCUUGAGUUGUUGCCUAUUUUCUUUCCAUGUUAAGGAAGCACUGGAAAGGUGUUCCAUUCCCAAGCGUAUUCAUACAGCAUGGUGGCUCUUUCAGCUUGAACAUACACUGUUGGUACAGGAUGCCCAAGCAGGCCUGAACAUCCUUUAAUUCUCUGCCCCAGGAUAAAUGUUCUUAACAUGGUUUCUUGCUGUUGACUUUCUGCCUUCUCCAAAGAGGCCAGCAGUCUACAGGCUGAGGUCACCUCUGAUGGAUGAACAUAUCUCAUGCUGAGGAAGAAUGGGUAGGAUGGUCUCCAGGGUGUGUGAGCGGGGCUGAUCGCUAACUACAGAAACUUGUUUUUUACACUUUGGGAUUUUCCCCAUUUCCCCUCCUUCCCACUGUCAGAUAAGGCAUUACAAAUGAAACACAAACUGGCUGUGUAACAAAGCAGGUAGGCAGCUUCAGUGCUGCUUAGUAACUAUGCAUGUUGGAAAGUCGUACCCUUAUACCAGCCUCACCGGACAAAAUUCUUGAGAAGUGUUGGCCUGCUAACAGGAUUCAGUUAGCAGAGUGUUCCCUAUUUGCCAGUGCAGAGGCUGACUGUAGGAGCCAAACUGGUAGUGAAAGUAGGUGACGUAGUCUGCACGAGGGGCCAGUGGAACCUGCAGAGGAGAGAAGAAAGAGGGAACCUCAGUAGUUUACAGUAAACUGUCCAGCGCAGAGAAUUGGCCUCAGUCCCUUUUGUAGUGUAUAUGGACCAUAUUUAACUUUUCAGAAAAGAUCACUGAAUGUGAGCUGUAUAAAGAAGACAUACCAGGUUAAUACCCAUCCCUUUUCAUGCUGGGGGACAUGGGCCAGAGUUUUUCACUGCCUGAGUCAUAUCACUUGAGGGUGGAAUGCCCUCCUGCAGGGGAAAAAUGCAUAUCCUAAAACUGAACUCUUUGAGUUGUGCUGAAGUCCUGCAGCACUUAGAAUGAAAGUGGAGACCUAACAUCGCACACACAAAGUAAUUGAAAGUACGUGGAAGGAAAUCUUAAAAAGCCUUUUUAUAUCAAAUGGUUUUAAAAGGCACAACUUGUAUUUGCUGUUCAGUUGCACUUUAAGAAUAUGACUUGCAUACUAGAUACUGGGUUUUUUUACUGUCUGAAUAUUUUUAAUUCAAACUUUGUAUUUUUAAAGAAGGCUCUUGUGACCACAAGAUCCCUUAUUUGUAUCAGAAUCCAAGUAGGACGUUCUAGCUCCUUGUGCUAUCCAGGUGGGAAGCAGCACAUGACUCAGCCACUUGUAUUCAAUGAUGUGUGUCCAUCAUGCACAUGAGGGAAGUGAAAAGGCUCAGCUUCUUAGAAUUAGGUAUUAGGCAUCUGCCUGUACACCCCUGUGUGACAGUCCCCAGGGGCUGGCUCCUUCUUCCAUGCCACGGGAGGAGCACAGAGCUCAGAACCUAACUCACGUUGGUUUCCAAAUGGGCACACUGAGGAUGAGGCAAGCACUUCAGUCUCCUAAGGGGAAAGGAGGAGAUGAUUCACUCUGGAAACACCCAGGAAGCAAGUAGGGAUGGGGGAGCGAAGACUGCCAAAACACCCAAUCUGGCUGUUUUCACAGUACAAAACUACUUUUUUUUUUUAACGUUUCUUCCUUCUUAGCCAUACUUUUCAUGUAAGCUCACAAACGGCUGUAAAAUCCUGAGCUUCAGAGAACUACACGUGGGGAGAUGACAAGAGCAUCUUUCAGCUCCAACACUCUCCUUGGGUUUUUUUCCCAGCUAACCACAACCCCAUGGUCUCGCUAGGGCAUGAUACAAACUGCGUCACUUAACAUAUCUUCAAGCAAACGACAAAGUUUUAGAAGUCCGUGCUACUCCCUGUCUCUGCAUUUUGUGUAAAUAUUUGUUUGUAUGUAAAGACACCGGUGGAUCCAUGGGUUACCCCUGCGGUCAAGAACCUGAGUUUGUGCAAUGCCUAGGCCUCUGUUAGAACACGGUGCUUGCGUAGAGCUGGUCACCACAUUUGUGUGCACUCUGGUGGUUUUUCAUAGUUUUAUACAUCCUAAUCCUGAACAUUAUGAAGUAUUAUUACAAGUGGUCUAGACUGCAUGAUCUAGAGCAGCCAGCAUUUCUAUUUUCAUAGCAACUGUUCCUAAAACGUUCACAGCUACACCUUGUUUGGUUAACGUUCUUUUCAAAUGAGUUUUCAAUUAAAUGUUUACACCAAGCGCCAGCAGACAAGAAAGGUGUCGCAUCAUAGAAUCUCCUGAGUGCAAACUGAAAAGCCACAACAUGGCUGCCUGGGAAUUUAAAUCAUCACUGUCUGCAAUAAAGAGAACUCUAAAGCAAACUAGUAACCAGCCUGUACAUAGUUGGCAGAGAGAGACUGCUUGCUCUUGACUGUUGCGAAGUAAAAGAGAUUAGAAGCUUUCCAAAAGCCUCCACUUUUGGAUCGCUCACAGUACUGCUAUGGACAGGGUAGCGGGCAGAUGAGGAUGUCAUUGAAAGUAGGUGUGGAGGAUGCCAAGUUGUGAUGGCGUUGCAGUAAUUUAAAUAUGCUCUGUAUCUGUGCGUGCAUGCGUGCGUGUGUGUGAAGUCUGUUCCAGGUGAAGGGCUUUUUUGCCUUGGCAUCUUCCCUUUUGAAUGAGAGUGAACUCUGAUAUUCAGAUUGUUCAAGGCUUUUAUGGUUGGCAUGUAUGGAGUGUUGACAGAAAAGCGUAUCUACCCUACUUGUUAAAAACAAAAAACAAACUAAGCCCAAACUGUUCCAGACUCUUUUCUGUUUGGUUGUUUGAUCAUCUGUUUUUAUGCACACUUGCUUCGUUGGUGUUGAGAUUUUAGCACCUCAGACGGCCAACUGAA